CGACCCUCCCCGCCCACCCAAAAAUCCCCUGGCGGCUGCAAUAGAAGAAAAAAUCGAGCCUUCGAAGUGGUGCGCCACAUAGACCAGUCUUGGGAAGAGUAGAUAAGGCGUGGUCAGGGAGAAAACGAUCUUUCUCAACUUCAGUUUUCCCCGAAUAAUCAAAGUUCUACUGCCUCAGAACCUACUCAUACAUCAUCGUCACCGCCAAACUUUGCAACGAUGUCACGCAAAGCCGGCUCGCCUCGCAAGAAGGCGAUCCCCGACGAAAUCCCGUCGCAGACUUACGUCGAGAAGCCGUACGACGAGUGGCCCGACACAUCCACAGAUAUCAGCUCCCGCUUGAGUUCCGACACUCUCGCGGAAAGGAAUGCCACCGCUAUCGAUGUCGCACCAAGUCCCAAGAAGGGCACUAUACCGCAACUUCCCGAUGACGGGGAGCGCACAAACAAGGGCAGAACCACCUUGGUCAUGCGCUUGAUGUCGUGGGGAUGGAUUUUUCACUUUGUGGUUAUCCUUGGAACGACAUAUGUCUUGUCAUUCGUUAUACCCCAAGGCUAUGUUACCGAUCAGGUCUGGAAUAAGGGAUGUUACUGGAAGAUGGGCUGGCUUCUACCCAUUCCAUACACCUUCAUCUGUUUCCUCGGGUUGAUUCUUCCGCUGCACAACGCCCCAGCGCCGAAAAAGGCCACGGCAACCGAGCAGCCAAGGAGAGUCGACAACCUCUACAUCCUGACCGUCACCAAAGGAGACAACAAGGAAGCCGUCAUGCGAGCCUGGAAAGCUCACAAGCAUCUCGAGCUCCUCGACCCUUGCGUUCGAGUGCACGUCCUUACCGACGAGCCUAAUUUCUUCGAAGGGAUCAAUUGCUACACAUGCCCCAAGAGCUUCACGACUUCGCGGUCCAAAUACAAGGCCCGCGCUCUCGAGUGGUACCGCCAGACCAUGCGCUACACCGAGCACGACUGGAUUCUCCAUCUCGACGAAGAGUCCGUUAUCGACGAUGAGAGUGUAGCUCGUAUCCUUGAGUUUGUCAAAUGGAAGAAGGAGUAUACCUGGGGACAGGGUAUCAUUAUGUACAACCAGUACCAUUUCUGGAAGAACCCUUUCUACACCGUCGCAGAUGGCCUUCGUGUUGGGGAUGACUUGUCCCGAUUCCACCUUCAGUACACUUACUUCCAUCGGCCGAUCUUUGGUGCCCACGGUAGUUUCUUGCUCACCAACGGUGCGGUUGAAAAUGCCGUUACUUGGGAUCUUGGAAGUUUGACAGAAGACUUCCAGUUUGCCGUCAAGGCUUGGCAGAUGGGUUUCCGCUGCGGCUCCGUCGCCGGCAUCGUCCGCGAACAAUCUCCCCUCGACCUCAUCGGUUUCCUCAAGCAGCGUCGUCGCUGGUUCGUCGGUAUCCGCCGUCUCGGCUCCGUCCUGCCCAAACUCCUCGCCCUCUUCUGGGGUCUCGGUCUCCUCUCGCUGUACUGCACCAUCGCAUCCUUCAUUCUCGGCGUCUACGUCCCCACCGACACGCCGAUGUGGUUCGGUAUCCUCAAGGACUUUUCGCUCACCGUCUUCGUUUACCUCUAUGCUAUGGGCAUGUUCUAUCAGAACGUGGACAAGGGCUACAAUAUCUUCAUUGUCAUCUUGUUGGUUCCGGUCACCAUCCUCUUCCAGUUCGUGGCCGUGAUCAUGGAGGCUGUAGCUGUAAUGUUUGCCAUCCUCUUGCCACCCGACGACUUUGAUGUUAUCAAGAAGUGAGCGAGAGACUUUGUCCUUUUGCCGAGAGACUUGAGGAGGGGAGGUGAUGGGUUUUGCAGGCUGGAGGUUUUUGAUAGAGUAAAGGAUUUCUUUUCUGAUAAUUGUAAUAAAUGAAUGAAAUUCAUAAAUCUUCGUA